AUGACGAUUGAAUGGAGUGUUGUGGAUGAAAUACGUUUGUUGAGAUGGGUUUCUGAGUUUAAGCCCGCCGGGUUGCAUAAGCAUUUUCAUAUGAUGUGUAUUGUUACUAGAAUGAACAAUCCGGAAGAGUAUCCAGUUACGUUGCUUCAGAAGGAGAAUGUUCAGACCAAGUCAUUUACUGCCGAUGAUAUAUGGCAGAAACUGAGACAGUAUUACAAUCUCGAGGAGGCUGAUAAGUUGGAAGUCUCUGCAAUGGAAAAUAGUAACAAAGAUAUAAGUAAACUUCACGUUUUCAACAAGAAAGAUUUUGCAUUACCAUGGGAUGAGUACGGUGAAUUGAUACUGGAGAAUGCCAAAACAGGUGCAAAGGAGGAAGAAGAACUGUCAGAAGAGGAACUGGUUACGGAGGCUUCGAAAGAAGUUGAAGAAGUUGCCUCUACUGGGAUGGUGGAACAAGAAAAGUUGGACACUGGUGAAGGAUCUAAGAAAGAAAAUGACAAAGAAGAGACAUUGGAAGCAAAGAAGGAAGAAGCAGUUGUAGAAAAACAAGAAGAAAAGGAAGAGGAAGAAGGGAUAGAAGAUGGAAAUGUACAAAGAAAGACUAGAUCUGCCCCACGUAUACGAAGAUCUACUAGAAACAGAUCAAUUACACCGGAAGAGCAUACUAGUGAUGAAGGAGAGAAGUCUACUGAAUUGAAAGACGAGAAUAAGGAAGAGCCUCAGGAGAAUAAUGAAGAGGUGGAACCUCAGGAAAAUAGCGAAGAGGAGGAAGAAGAACAAGAAGAACAGAGAGAUGGUUCGGUGGAACUUGAAGAAAAUAUACCAAAGAAAAGAAGGCCUAAAGCUAAAAAGACGAAGGUAGACGAAGAAGAGCAGGCUGAUAUUAACGAAGAAGUACAGGAGAAGCCAAAACAAAAGGGUAAACGUCAACUUCCACAGAAGGAUAAUGAACCAAUUGGCGCACGAACGAGACAUUCUUCCCAUGUUAAGACAGAGACACCAGAGACAUCGCCAAAAAGAAAGAAACGUAAACAGGAAAAGCCUCCAAAGCCUGAAUCGCCAAAAGCUGCACGUCCCACUACAAGAGUGUCGAGUAGAUUGAGGAACAAGAAGUAA